ACUUGCAGCCAUUUUCUGCUCUUUGUGUGGGGUGGAUUAGCACUGGGUAGGUACUGGGCGAAACUAGAGCAUCAAUCGGCACAGAAGACGAGGCUAAAGAAAAAAAAACGCCAGGAAAGAUUGGACCGCCGUCGCAGACCGCGACACCGUCCGCCCGUCUUCGUAUAUCGCCGGACGGACAUGCAAUUUACAGACUGGGGUGUUGUGUGAGUGACGCCUUGUUACCAUGACGACCCACGUGACCCUGGAGGAUGCUCUGUCCAACGUGGACCUGCUGGAGGAGCUGCCCCUCCCGGACCAGCAGCCAUGCAUCGAACCCCCUCCCUCCUCCAUCAUGUACCAGGCUAAUUUUGACACCAACUUUGAAGACAGGAAUGCAUUCGUGACUGGCAUUGCCCGUUAUAUAGAGCAAGCUACAGUCCACUCCAGCAUGAAUGAGAUGCUGGAGGAAGGACAUGAGUAUGCUGUGAUGCUUUACACCUGGAGAAGCUGCUCCAGAGCCAUUCCCCAGGUGAAAUGCAACGAGCAACCCAACAGAGUUGAGAUCUAUGAGAAGACAGUGGAGGUGUUAGAACCUGAGGUGACCAAGCUCAUGAAGUUCAUGUACUUCCAGCGGAAAGCCAUAGAACGAUUCUGUAGUGAAGUGAAGCGUCUCUGCCAUGCUGAGAGAAGGAAGGACUUUGUGUCUGAGGCCUACCUGCUCACUCUGGGCAAAUUCAUCAACAUGUUUGCAGUCCUGGAUGAACUGAAGAACAUGAAGUGUAGCGUCAAGAAUGAUCACUCUGCCUACAAAAGGGCGGCUCAGUUCCUGAGGAAGAUGGCUGACCCUCAGUCCAUCCAGGAGUCCCAGAAUCUCUCCAUGUUCUUAGCCAACCACAACAGGAUCACUCAGUGCCUGCACCAACAGUUGGAGGUGAUUCCUGGCUACGAGGAACUUUUGGCCGACAUUGUCAACAUCUGUGUAGACUAUUAUGAGAACAAGAUGUAUUUGACACCCAGUGAGAAACACAUGCUGCUCAAGGUGAUGGGCUUUGGUCUGUACCUGAUGGAUGGGAACGUGAGUAAUAUCUACAAACUAGAUGCCAAAAAGAGGAUCAACCUGAGCAAGAUUGACAAGUUCUUCAAACUUCAAGUGGUGCCACUGUUUGGAGACAUGCAGAUCGAGUUGUCACGUUACAUUGAGACAAGCGCUCACUAUGAAGAAAACAAGUCCAAGUGGACGUGCACCCAGAGCAGCAUCUCACCGCAGUACAACCUGUGUGAGCAGAUGGUGCAGAUCAGGGAGGACCACAUCCGUUUCAUCUCGGAGCUGGCACGCUACAGCAACAGCGAAGUGGUGACGGGCUCGGGCCUGGACAGCCAGAAGUCUGACGAGGAGUACAGGGAGCUGUUCGACCUGGCACUGAGAGGACUGCAGCUGCUGUCCAAGUGGAGCACGCACGUCAUGGAAGUUUACUCGUGGAAGCUGGUCCAUCCCACAGAUAAAUUCUGUAACAAGGACUGUCCAGGCACAGCAGAGGAAUAUGAACGGGCCACACGUUAUAAUUACACCAGUGAAGAGAAAUUUGCCCUGGUGGAGGUCAUUGCCAUGAUCAAAGGGCUGCAGGUUCUGAUGGGCCGAAUGGAGUCCGUGUUUAACCAGGCCAUCAGGAAUACCAUCUACGCAGCGCUGCAGGACUUUGCCCAGAUGACCCUGAGAGAGCCUCUGCGCCAGGCUGUACGCAAGAAGAAGAACGUCCUCAUUAGUGUUCUCCAGGCCAUUCGAAAGACCGUCUGUGACUGGGAAGGGGCGAGGGAGCCUCCAAACGAUCCGUGUCUGAGAGGAGAGAAGGACCCGAAAGGUGGAUUUGACAUCAAAGUGCCCCGCAGGGCUGUAGGACCCUCCAGCACACAGCUGUACAUGGUGCGCACCAUGCUGGAGUCACUGAUAGCAGAUAAGAGUGGGUCUAAGAAGACUCUCCGCAGCAGUCUGGAUGGACCUAUAGUGGUGGCCAUAGAGGACUUCCACAAACAAUCCUUCUUCUUCACACACCUGCUCAACUUCAGUGAGGCCCUGCAGCAGUGCUGUGACCUGUCCCAGCUGUGGUUCAGAGAGUUCUUCCUGGAGCUGACCAUGGGCCGCAGAAUCCAGUUCCCCAUUGAGAUGUCCAUGCCCUGGAUCCUUACUGACCACAUCCUGGAGACCAAAGAGCCCUCCAUGAUGGAAUAUGUGCUAUAUCCUCUAGACUUGUAUAAUGAUAGUGGAUACUACGCUCUCACUAAGUUCAAGAAACAGUUCCUUUAUGAUGAAAUCGAAGCUGAGGUGAACCUUUGCUUUGAUCAGUUUGUCUACAAGUUAGCAGAUCAGAUAUUUGCCUACUACAAAGCAAUGGCUGGCAGUGUCCUCCUAGACAAGCGGUUCAGAGCGGAGUGUAAAAACUAUGGUGUCAUCAUCCCAUACCCUCCAUCAAACCGCUACGAGACGCUGCUCAAACAGAGACACGUACAGCUGCUCGGUCGCUCCAUUGACCUGAACCGUCUGAUCACCCAGAGGAUCUCGGCAGCAAUGUACAAGUCUCUGGACCAUGCAAUCAGUCGCUUUGAGAGUGAGGACCUCACUUCCAUAGUGGAGUUAGAGUGGCUGCUGGAGAUCAACAGACUAACCCACCGGCUCCUGUCCAAGCACAUGACCCUGGACAGCUUUGACGCCAUGUUCCGCGAGGCCAACCACAACGUCUCCGCUCCCUAUGGACGAAUCACGCUCCACGUCUUCUGGGAGCUCAACUUCGAUUUCCUCCCUAACUACUGCUACAACGGAUCCACAAACCGCUUUGUACGCACAGCCAUUCCCUUCACCCAGGAGCCUCAAAGAGACAAGCCAGCCAAUGUGCAGCCUUAUUACCUGUACGGGUCCAAGCCUCUGAACAUUGCCUACUCCCACAUAUACAGCUCCUACAGAAACUUUGUUGGCCCGCCUCACUUCAAGACCAUCUGCCGUCUCCUUGGUUACCAAGGCAUUGCUGUAGUGAUGGAAGAGCUCCUUAAGAUUGUCAAGAGCCUGUUACAGGGCACCAUCCUGCAGUAUGUAAAAACACUGAUAGAAGUCAUGCCCAAGAUCUGCCGCCUACCGCGCCAUGAGUACGGUUCCCCAGGUAUCCUGGAGUUCUUUCACCAUCAGCUCAAGGAUAUCAUUGAGUAUGCUGAGCUGAAGACAGAUGUCUUCCAGAGCUUAAGGGAGGUGGGAAAUGCCAUCCUCUUCUGCCUGCUCAUUGAGCAAGCCCUGUCCCAGGAGGAAGUGUGUGAUCUGCUUCAUGCCGCCCCCUUCCAGAACAUUCUACCCAGAGUCUACAUCAAAGAGGGAGAGCGUCUGGAGGUGAGGAUGAAAAGGCUGGAAGCGAAGUACGCCCCUCUCCACCUUGUGCCUCUAAUUGAGAGGUUGGGAACCCCACAACAAAUUGCCAUUGCCCGUGAGGGAGACCUGUUGACCAAAGAACGUCUGUGCUGUGGCCUUUCCAUGUUCGAGGUCAUCCUGACACGCAUCCGCAGCUUCCUGCAGGAUGGGGUGUGGCGCGGGCCUCCGCCCACCAACGGUGUGAUGCACGUUGACGAGUGUAUGGAGUUCCACCGCCUGUGGAGCGCCAUGCAGUUUGUCUACUGCAUCCCGGUGGGCACGCACGAGUUCACAGCAGAACAGUGCUUUGGGGAUGGGCUGAACUGGGCCGGUUGUGCCAUCAUUGUGCUGCUGGGACAGCAGCGCCGUUUUGACCUCUUUGAUUUCUGCUACCACCUGCUCAAAGUCCAAAGACAGGACGGGAAGGAUGAGAUCAUCAAAAAUGUGCCCCUGAAGAAGAUGGCAGACCGCAUUAGGAAGUACCAGAUCCUCAACAACGAGAUCUUUGCCAUCCUCAACAAGUACAUGAAAGCGGUGGAGACAGACAGUUCCACUGUGGAGCAUGUUCGCUGUUUCCAACCUCCUAUACACCAAUCCCUGGCUACCACCUGUUGAAAAAGACCCUUCACACAUAGUGCACACACACACACACACACACACACACACACAUUCCCCAUAGCUGUGAUACUUAUUUCUGCCUCUUGCUGGUCUCAUAGAGGUACGGAUUACCACGCUGUAAGAAAGUGGACCAGACCAGAGGUGGAAGUGUAUAUUCACACCUUUGUCUUUUUAUUUUACUAUCUGUGUGGCUCUCUCACUCAGACUCAUGCAUGCCUUCUCUUACUCCCUCAUCUGCUCACCUGUGGAUCGGACCACUGACACAAAUGCCAAGAGUUAUGUCUAUCCUAUAAUCUGAAGCCCUCUUUGGCUCCACAUGUCUGAAGUAACAGCCAUUCUGAGUCAUAAAACGCCUUUAAGAAUUUGCAAUCAAGAGCUGAGACAAAAGUCAAUCUAACAAGGUUUAAAUGAAGUACUAAAUAAUACAACAAAUAACUAAUUUAAAGUUAUAUGAAGUUAAUUUAAGUGCAACAUGGUGCUCUUCAGUGCUACUAAAGCUACUAACACAGGCACCAGUACACCUGUGCUGUCAUUAUGCGUGCCCUCUAUAUGACCCAAACCUGUUUAUCGUGAUUCAUUUCAAACUCUUCAUCAUUCAUUUGUAUAAUAAUCUGAUCUGCCCACAUCCAUAGUGUCUAUCAUGAUGCAUUUGAAUACUUCUCCUACACCUGCUUGCUUUCAAAGGAAUGAAGGUACAUUGCAUUUUUUUGAUUUGCUUUUAUUUAUCUUACCCUCCAGUCUGGUUUUCUGGCUUCUUAAUAAGCACAUUUUUAUUCGGUACCAGUUCCACUGUAAAUUUCACUGUUGAACAAAGUGAAGUGUCGAGUGUUGUAAUUGUUCUUGUUUUUAAUUAUUAAUAUUUUAAUUUACACAUCCUUGGUAUACUCGCCUCUCUACGACUGACUGGAAACCUCAUCUACUGUUUUUUUCUCUCUCUCUCUCUCUCUCUUUCUUUUUUGUCUGUUGGAAAGAUUUUUAUAUUCUGUACAUGAAUACAGUGAUAUUAUUUACAAUUUGGAAAAGACACAUCUUCAUCUGGGUAAAUGUGUUUGCUUUUUCAAGAGUAAAAAAAAAAACAAAAGAAACGACUAGAAAAUACCUCUAGGUUGUAUAAAGACAGUGCUGUACUAGAUUAACCUGUUUUGAGUGUGAAUGGAUGAUGUUGGUCUAGCAGACCUAUGAAACAUAAACUCUGCACAUAAAGGAACAAAAAAAAUCAUAACUAAAAUGUCAGUCAUAAUUAAAGGGCAGUUUCCUAAAUAUAGUCAGUAUUUACUAUUGAUGGAUUUUUGCUUUAGAUUUAGCAGUGUUAUAAAAAUAUGCAAAAAUUGUCCCUAUUUUUUUUCAUAUGAAGGAAAACAAAAAGUAACCCUCCCCACACAGCCCUAUGAUCUUUUUCUGCUCCGUUUUGAAUGAAGAAAAUUUCUUUUGUAACUCCAGUGUCUUUUUAUCAUAUUUAUUCAACUCCGACUUCUUGUUCAUUUAAAGGUUAAUCUAGUGAAAAUGAAGGUACCAAUGUAUCAUCUCGAAACCUUAGCAUGGCAAGUGUAAUUUAUUGUCAUCAAUGGCUCCAUUUGUGACAUGAGGCUUUGUUUAUGAUAUUGUUGUACAAGUGACCAUGUUUUCAAGUACAAAAAUGGAGAAAAGAGUAUAAAAUGUACAACAAUGGUCCUGCAAAGGAUUUGAAAUUAUGUUGUAUUUCCAUGAAAUAAAAAAAUGUUUAACUGAAA